AUGAAUGAUGGCUCAGCUCUCCCCUCCAACCACACAGACUGUCAGGUGGUGAAGGUCCCCCACCUGGCGUUCUUCGUGUUGGGUAUGGUGUCUCUCAGUGAGAACCUGUUGGUGGUGGUGGCCGUGGUYCGCAACAAGAACCUCCACUCCCCGAUGUACAUGUUUAUCUGUAGCCUGGCCACGUUCAACACCAUCUCCUCCCUCUCCAAGACCUGGGAGACCCUGAUGAUGGUGUUCAGCGAUGUCGGACACCUGGACUCCCGAGGGGACUCCGUCCGGAGGGUGGACGACAUCAUAGACGCACUGCUCUGCAUGUCCUUUAUCGGUUGUAUCUGUAGCUUCCUGGCCAUCGCCGUGGACCGCUACGUCACCAUCUUCCACGCGCUGCGCUACCACAACAUCAUGACSAUGAGGCGAGCCGCCGCCGCCRUGGCGGGGAUCUGGGCGCUYUGCGGCGUCGCCGGGACGGUCAUGGUGGCAUUCUGUGARGCCACGGUCAUCAAGAUCCUUUUCAUCGUGCUCUUCCUCAUCUCGCUGCUCCUCAUCCUCUUCCUCUACGUCCACAUGUUCCUGCUGGCUCGGUCCCACGCCAGGAAGAUUGCGGCGCUGCCCGGGAGUGCCAUGCCGCAUCGCAGCCUCCGGGGGGCGCUCACGCUCACCAUGCUAUUCGGGGUGUUUGUGGUGUGCUGGGCACCUUUCUUCCUCCAUCUCCUCCUCCUCAUGGUGUGUGUUGAGAACCCUUACUGUGAGUGCUACCGCUCUCUGUUCCAGCUGAAUUUGGUUCUGCUGAUGAGUCACGCCGUGAUAGACCCGGCCAUCUACGCCUUCCGCAGCGCAGAGCUACGACACACCUUCAGGAAGAUGCUGCUCUGCUCAGACUCACGACUCUGCUACGAGGUCAAAGCUCUGUUCCACUGA